ACCAGCCGGCAAAAAAAAACACACACCCAUACACUCACACACAUACACAAACACAAAUUCACGAAGGUGACCUCGUCCUCGACCCUCCAAUUGUCACUUUGACUUUAUCCUGACACCUGUUCUCACUAUUGUGCCAUUUAAAAUCUUAAAAAAUAGUAAAUCGCUGAUUCUGAAAACCAGUGAUUAGUAAUUUUAAAUUACAAGUGAAGUGAAUUCAACUUUAUAUUUAAAUUAAAUUCUUGGACUGAAUUACUGGCGAAUAGAAUACCAGGUUUAAAAUUUAAUUUGGUGAAUGACAAGUUUGAGAUUAGAGGUUUAAUCGUGAACCGGAAGCCUUUGUAAAGACAAUUGAAAUAACUGGGGACAUGGCGCCGUUUCCUGCAGCAGUUCCAGUGCCGUACCGGCUCGUUGAUUUUACCACGUGAAUAAUUAUUUAUUGUUUUUCAAUAAUUUAUUCAAAUCUAGUUUUUGUUAAUUUAUAUUUUAAUAAUGGAGACUCAGGGAUAUAUUAUUAAUUACCAUAAUAAUAACAAUAAUAAUAAUAAUAAUAAUAAUAACAACAACAACAACAAUAAUAAUAAUAAUAUAAACAAUAAAAAUUAUUUAUUAAUUAUAUAGUACAUUAUAAUUUUAAAACAAAAGUGGAGAUUAAAGUGAUUAAAUAAAUUGUUUAGAAUAAAAAUGUUUAUUUUUACAAAAUUUCAAUGGAAAGGCUGUUAAUAAUGUGAGUUUGAUUGAAUAAUUUAAAAAAUUUUAAUUUUUUAAAAAUGGCAAUAGUAGGAAAUGGGCUUGUUAUAAGUGUAUUACUAUAUUGAUAAUAAAAAAAAAAGGAAACAUAAUGGGUUCUUGCAACGUAUAUUUUUCUCAACUUCGAGCGAUGCUCGGGAGGAAUUUACUGCUCAAGAAACGUGAGAAACGAAAGACUAUAGCUGAAGUAUUUUUGCCCCUUUACAUCCUGGGUAAUCUCAUCAUCUUAAAAGUCUUAAUACCCAAUCCAAAUUAUCCAGCAAUGACGACACAACGGCAAGACGGUAACAUAUUUGAGUUUUUUAAUGGCUAUAAGAACAACACCAUUGCUGUUGUCCCAAACUCCACCGAAACUCUUAAUUUCCUGACUGCCAUGAACAACUUAUGGUUAUCUGUGUGGGAGUACCCUGGUAAGCUGCCGUUAAAUUUCAUGGUCUUUGAAACGACUGGCGAUCUGCAGGCGGCCUAUUGGCGUGAGCCCUACAGCAUACCUCUGGCUGUUAUCUUUGAGGAUCCACAGCCGAUAAGCCAUAGUCUCUUAUAUGAAAUAAGAACGAAUCCGUCAUUUCACGCGACACCCUCACCAAAAGAAUUUUAUUCUUCGUCAGUGACCUGUCGUAAAAAUACAAGCCAUUGGGUGGGAGGUAUGCUGUCAAUAGAAACAGGAGGAUCAUGUCCAAUAAAUAAUUACUUUCAUUCGGGUUUCAUGGCUCUGCAGAUGCUUAUGGAUAUGACUAAAAUUCGUAUUGAUACCGGUAAUACCGAUGUAACAUUACCCGAUAUUAAAUUUCAAAUGUUUCCAAAGAAAGCUUACACAGCAGAUUGGAUGCUAGCCUUCAGAGUUUUAAUACCAUUGUACAUGAUACUUGCGCUCUCCCAAUUUAUAACGUAUUUACUUAUUCUGAUAGUCGGCGAGAAGGAAAAUAAAAUAAAGGAGGGUAUGAAGAUAAUGGGUCUCAAAGAUUCAAUAUUUUGGAUGUCUUGGUUUCUGAUAUAUGCAAUAUUUGUAUUUAUUUUAUCAGCAGUUGCAGUACUACUGCUUUUUACACUACAAAUGUUUCAACAUACCCACUUUUUACCUAUAUUUUUACUUGUUGUACUCUACAGUUUCUCAGUUAUUAUGUUUUCCUUUAUGAUAACACCAUUUUUUGAUCAAUCACGAACAGCCGGAGUAUUGGGAAAUUUUGCAGUAACAAUAUUAAGUCUUAUGUACUUUAUUCAAGUAUUUAUCGAUGAUCCAACUUCAAUAUCAUUUUGGGUUGUGUCAUUAUUAAGUCCUGCGUGUGCCGCUUUGGCAAUGGAUAAAGCUCUGGUAUUUGAUUUAAAAGGCGAGGGUGUUAACUUUGACAAUCUUUGGGCAGGACCUGGUAUACCAUUUGGAGGAAGUUUAAUAAUGAUUACUUUUGACAUUUUUCUGUAUGGUUUACUUGCAUACUAUCUUGACUCUGUAAUUCCAACAGAAUAUGGUACAAAAAGACCAGCUUGGUUUUGCUUUACCCCGGGUUUUUGGUGCAAGAAAAAAGUUCAACGAAUACCCUCAUCUAACGGUGAAUCAAAUUCGUUUAUACCGGAAGAAGAAGCUAGCCGAGAUGUCGAACCAGUUGUCCGUGAAAUGAAAGGCCGUGAGGCAAUACGUAUCGUUGAUCUUUAUAAAUCUUAUCAAAAGUGCCGUAAACCCGAGGUGAAAGCCGUAAACGGUAUCAAUUUGACGAUAUAUGAAGGUCAGAUUACGGCAAUACUCGGUCACAAUGGCGCUGGUAAAACAACUCUCUUCAAUAUCCUUACGGGUUUGACAGCACCCACUGCGGGAACGGCUUUGAUAUUUGGUUAUGAUAUUAGAGAUUCAAAUGAUAUGCAAAUGAUACGUAGUAUGACUGGAGUAUGCCCUCAACAUGACAUUUUAUUUGAUCUUCUUACUCCUCGUGAGCAUUUGGAAUUUUUCGCUGCUGUUCGUGGUAUUCCCAAAACUAUGAUUGAAAUGGAAGUUAAAAAGACACUUAAAGACAUUGAUCUCACUGAAAAGGCUGAUAUAUUUGCCAAGUAUUUGAGCGGAGGACAAAAAAGAAAAUUAUCUGUUGGAAUAGCUAUUAUUGGUGAUCCAAAAAUAAUAAUAUUGGAUGAACCUACAGCCGGUGUUGAUCCCUACUCACGGCGGCAAAUGUGGUCAUUCCUUCAGUCUCGUCGUCAUGGAAAAGUUAUCCUACUUACAACUCAUUUUAUGGAUGAGGCUGAUAUUCUUGCAGAUCGUAAAGCUGUAAUUAGUAAAGGAAAAUUACGUUGCUGUGGUAGUUCUUUAUUUUUGAAAAAUAAAUUUGGAAUCGGAUAUCAUUUGACUCUAGUUUUAGAGGGUAACAGUCGUAUAAAUGCCAUAACACGUCUUGUCACUUCACACGUUGCAAAAGCCGAAAAAGCUCGUCGACAUGGCCGUGAAUUGAGUUUCAUUCUCCCUCACAAUUCUGUUGAAAAUUUUGCACCGCUAUUUUCAGCAAUCGAGAAUGAAAUAAAAACACGGACGGGUCGUCUGGGUAUUAGCAGUUACGGCGUGUCAAUGACAACUCUGGAGGAGGUAUUUUUGCAUUUGGAAAAAGACGAAGAGACCGAAUGUACGAUGGACAAUCUGUCUAAAAAGAUGGUGCGUAAUCGUGCACUCAGUCGAUCGCUAUCACUCCAAUCCAAGAGUACAUCUUACCAGAGUCUACAAAAUGAAGGAGCGACUGUACAAGGAGACGGUCAAGUUAAAAGUACAAAUGAAUUGCCUGAUGGUGUUAAUCAUCAUCAUCAUCAUCACCAUCAUCAUCCUCCUCACAAUACAGAAAAAAAUAAUCCACCUGCUCUGGGUCUUGGUUUAGAUCCUAUUAAAAUACGGCCUAAUUUUUUUCAAACACUCUAUGCAAUGUUGAGAUUACGAUUACUCAGAUUAACUCGAAAUCUUCAAUUACUUUAUUUUACAAUUGUUGCACCACUUGCACUUGUUGUAUUAGGAUUGUAUAUAAAUAGUAUACAAAUAGUCAGUAUUAAAAUGGACUCAUUGGAAUUAAAUAGCACCACUUACAAACAAGAAACUAGAAUGCUCUACAUAAAUCAUACAGACCGAGAUAUAACACCUUUGAUAAAUCAAAUGCGACAUGAAAUACCUGUUUUAGAUGAAUAUGAGGGAAAUUUCACAGAUUUACUGGCAAUUGCACCACAUAUGGCUGUUGUCAACAUAAAUGAUUUUAAUAAACGACAAAUAAAUCUUACACUUACUUAUAAUGACACAAUGCAGCAUUCAAUACCUAUUUUCAUGAAUAUUUUAUCAAAUGCUUACUACAGAUAUUUAUCUGAGAAAGAAAAUCCAUUACCAAUAAAAAUAAAAACUCAUCCAUUCCAACAAACAUCACAGCCUCAAGAAUUCAAUAUAGGUAUUGCAAGCUCAACUUUAUUUAUUGGAAUGAUUUUAGUUUUGGUACCAAUCACUCUAGUCGUUGAUAUGGUCUAUGACCGUGAGAUAAGAACAAAAAAUCAGCUGCGAGUCAAUGGUUUAUCUUUCUUUAUGUAUUUUUUGAGUUACUUUAUAGUAUUAGUAGCUCUUAUGUUGGUGAUAUGUCUGUGUAUACUCGGAAUAAUAUAUAUAUUCAAUGUACCGUCACUCCAAGAGAUUCCAGCAGUAGUGACUCUUGGUGGUCUGAUAAUGCUGUACUGCCCAUCAUCUAUUUUAUUUUCUACCUGUUUGAGUUACAUUUUUGAUAAAAUGGACUCUGCUCAAAGUUUUCUGCCCAAUAUCGUAACAUUCUUUGGCCUGAUUCCCUUUAUUUUGGUUAUGGUACUGGAUAUGCUGGGAUUGGGAGGUACUGCAGCAUUUGCUCUUCAUGUUGUAUUUUCUCUAUUAAAUGCAAUGUAUUUACCAUACGCCUCAGUUUAUUAUGUUGAUCGUGUUCAUUUGAUGUGCUCAAUAAAUGCAGCUUGUCAUCAUCUGACCAUGUCUGACUACAUGACUUCUGAAAUAAUAAUAAUGGCUGUAGGUGCUCUUAUACAUAUACCAAUUUGGUUUUUUGUUCUGAUGAUUCUUGAUAUUAAAAAAACUGGCGGUAGAUUAAGCGACGUUUUUAAAUAUUUUGGGCGUAAUGGCGGAGCAAUAGGUGAAGAAAUAAUGGAAAAUACAGAUGUUGGUGAUCAUGAAGAUGCAGAUGUUAAAAACGAACGACAAAGGAUAUUUAAUUUUGUAAAUUCAUCGUCGGUACAAGAGCCACCAGUGGUGUUGGUACAAAAUCUUCGCAAAGAAUACCGUCAACGUGAAACAACCUCGUGUAGUUGUUGUACAAAACGUGAAGAAGAAGUACAGAAACCAUUAAAAAAAGUUGCCGUACGUAAUUUAUCGUUUGGAGUUGAACCCGGUGAAGUAUUUGGACUUUUGGGGCACAAUGGAGCGGGAAAAACUACAACUAUGAAAAUAAUAAUUGCUGAAGAAGCAGCAACUCGUGGACGAGUUCAAAUUGCCGGGUACAAUAUUAAUUCUCAUUUGACUGAUGCUUUUAGACAGAUGGGCUAUUGUCCUCAGCACGAUGCCCAGUGGAAAAAUAUAACUGUCAGAGAGCACUUGGAAUGUUAUGCAGCAAUGCGUGGUGUUCCGUGGAGUGAAAUUGAUAGAAUCGUUGAUUUGUAUUUAACUGGGCUUCAAAUUCACGAUCAUGCAGAUAAACAAACUCAAGAGUGCUCAGGAGGAACGAGAAGAAAAUUAAGUUAUGCUAUGGCGAUGGUUGGAGGUCCCAAGGUUGUACUGAUGGACGAACCCAGUACGGGAAUGGAUCCAAGAUCCAAAAGGUUCCUUUGGGACACUAUUCUCGCCAGUUUUCAAGGUGGUAGAGGUGCAAUACUAACAACUCACUCGAUGGAAGAAGCCGACGCGCUUUGUUCCCGAGUUGGCAUUAUGGUAAAAGGUGAGCUGAGAUGUAUCGGUUCUACUCAACACUUGAAAAAUCUUUAUGGUGCUGGUUAUACGUUAGAAAUGAAAUUACUUGGUGGCGAUUGCACACCAACGACGCCAUCGGGUGAUCGUAUCAGCGCGCUAAAAGAAUUUGUUGCUGGUCUAUUUCCUGACGCAACUCUUGAGGAGAGUUUCGCAGACAGACUGGUGUUUGCAGUGCCUCAACACGCUGUUUGUUCACUUGCUGAUUGUUUUAUGCAAUUAGAAAAAGCCAAGUUAGAAUUGGACAUAGAGGAGUACAGUUUUAGCCAAACAACGCUAGAACAAGUCUUUUUAAAAUUUUCACACUACGAUGAGAUGAACGGUGGAGAAUGACCAUCUCGAAAAUUAAGUUAAAUUAAUUAAGUUAAUAAUAAUAAUAAUAAUAAUAAUAAUAAUAAUAAUAAUAAUAAUAAUAAUAAUAAUAAUAAUAAAUAAGGAGAAUCAACAAGUCUAGAGUAAAAAAAAAAAGAACAAAGAGUUAAAGUCCAUUCCAGUUAAAAGCCGAGUCCAAGGGUAAGUCGAAAAGAUGGAAAAAUAAAAUGAAAAAAAAGUCGUAGGUUCUAAGCUCUGUAGAGUUUUAGAACAAGUGGCCUCGAGGUUUAUAUUGACAACAAAAUAAUAGCUAAUGAAUAACGAGAGUCAGGGACCAUGAAGGAAGUGUGUUCUACCGGUUAAUAAAGUAUUCAAUAAUAAAUGCAUCGUUUUGUCUAGAUUUAAAGGUCGAUACGUAGUAAAAAAGAAUAGAAAAAAAAACAUUCCGCGCUUUAGACAAUUUUAACGAGCGCUCUUAUUAACGAUAAUAAUAAUAAUAAUAAAUAGCAAUCAACAAUGGACAAUUAACAAUCAACGAUUAACAAUGAUUGAUAACUCACUGGACUUACUGUUACUGAUAAUAUUGUAGGAAUGGCGACUGAUUGUGAGUGAUUUUAUUUUACACUACCCUGCUCGCACUCCUUUCUUUUUUAUAUUAAAUUAAUUAAUAAUAAUAAUAAUAAUAAUAAUAUUAAUAUUAAUAGCUCGUGAUUUCAUACGUCCUGAUGAGUGUGUCGUAUGCAAGAUGUCGAUAAAUAUAUGAAACAAAAAUAUAUAUAUAUAUAAAUAUAAUAUAUCAUUAUGUAAAUAGCGGCAACGAUUUACUCAUUAUUGUUGUUAAAUAUUAUCUAAAUUAUACGGCUAAUAUUCCGUGGUCUGUUUUUAGCUCAUAAAAUAAUAAAAGUUGUGUGGGUUUUUUUUAAUUUUAAUUGUUGUAAAAUUUUUUAUAUUUCAUUCAGUUUUAUAAUUUAUGUGAAUUGUUGUUGAUUCGUGGAAAAAGAAAACCUAUAACAACUUUUUAAAUAUAAUAAAAAUUAUUUAUAGAAUUAGUGAGAAACAAUACGAUGCUAAUAAAUAAAAAAAACCCCAUACAACUAAAAGGUCAACAAUCAGGCCCAUCUUAAGUUUUAAGAUCAAUAACACUAAUAAUAAUAAUAAUUAUUAUUAUUGUUGUUGUUUCCAAAAUAAAUAUGACUUUUUUUUCCUUUUUUUUUAUUGACAAUGACCUCUCGCGACUGCUGACGAUUUAAUAAUAUUCGAGAGAGUCCAAAAGUUUCGGGUUUAUUACACCUUAUUUUAUCAUUAUUACACCAUGUGCGUCAUGCCUCUGACGUUCACGGUAGAAUCGUCGUUGUUUUUUAACUAGAAAAUUAUAUAUGAUAAUGAUAAUAAUAAUAUUAAUAAUCGAAUGCGGAAUUUUAAUGCUCUUAGUACAUAAUAAAUAAAUAAAUCAUUGAGUGUAAAAGAAGUGAGUUAUUAUUAAUUAGUCUAGCAAUAUUCUAAUUUAUUUUAAAAAUUGUAUUUCACUUGUACA